CCGCAACAACGGAGAGGACAUGUGAGGACUCCGUGAGAUAAGGGUUUGUUGAAUUCACGGAACGGACUGUCGACCAUCAACUUAAAAGCUGCCCCAUGUUUCCCCCUAGUAUGCAGCUUUGUCAACGAUGUGUCCGGCUGCUGAGAAGGGGCAUGAUAUCGGUCAUCACCAUCAAACACCCCCCUACCAACUAUGCUGCUGCCUUUCAGCAGCCUUUGGAUGAUCACACAACCUCAAUGAAACGCAUGUGCAGCAGUUUGACACUGCACCGCAACCUACAUAGUGGUCAGAGAUCCUCACUGACCUCAAAAGGCACGUUUGGAGUAGGAGCACGUCGAGGCUUGUGUGAAUCAGCUGCACAACAUUGUCAGCUCAAACAACAUGACUGCGAAGAGCCAGAGGCAAGAAGUAUAAUACCCCACAAGCAGGGACAGGCACCCAGCAUUAAACUCCCUUUGACAGCUCUGGUUGAUUUGGAGGAUGUCCCACGACUCUCAGCUCUUGAGGAAAUCAGUGAUGAGGAGGCCAUUCAGAUUGUGGUGCCACAUGCUUUGCCUCCCACCUCAUUCUCUCUCAGAGACUACGUUGACCAAUCAGAAACACUCACCAAGCUAGUACAACUAGGGGUAGACCUGUGGAAGCUGGAGCAGCGACCGAACGUAGGCUCCAUGCUGGUGAGGCUGGACUUCCAGUCCGAUGUGGCCCCUCGACUGCUCUUCUUGAAGGACCUGGGGGUGCAGGAUGGCCAACUGGGCUCUAUUAUCACCACCAACCCCUUCAUCCUCACAGAGGAACUGGACAAACUGAAGGCCAGAGUCUCCUAUCUCAAGGCAAAGAAAUUCAGCUCAAGUUCAAUAGCCUCUAUGGUUUCUAAAGCCCCUUAUUUGCUGAAUUUCAAUAUAAAGAGGAUGGACAAUCGUCUAGGCUUUUACCAAGUCACCUUGGGUCUCAACUCUGAAAAGACAAGGGACAUCAUCACUCGUCUCCCCAGACUCCUGUGUGGAAGUCUAGAGCCAGUGAAGGAGAACCUGAAGGUAUACGAGCUGGAAUUUGGAUUUCGUACAAAUGAAAUACAACACAUGGUCACUGAAGUGCCAAAAAUAUUGACCGCAAACAAGACAAAACUGAACAAGAUAUUUAAUUACAUUCACAACACCAUGGGCAUUCCCCAUUCUCUUAUCGCCAAAUUCCCACAGGUACUGAAUACCCAGUUUUUGCGGAUCAAAGAGAGGCACCUUUUCCUGAAGUAUCUAGGAAGAGCACAGUAUGACCCUGCUGAACCAAACUAUAUUUCCCUAGAACGCCUUGUGAAACUCCCAGAUGAUGUCUUCUGCACCAGUGUGGCACUUGCCACAGUAGAUGAUUUUGAAUGCUUUCAAAAAACUUUGUAGUCUGUUUACAUGUUUGUCUUGAAUUCUGCUUAUUUUUCUUCAUUGCAUUGUGUUAACAAGGCAUCAAUAACAGAUGGAGUUGUAAGCAGUUGAUGAUUUUCCAACACUUCAAUAAACUGCUUUGAUAUA